GGCUAUCAAAACAGUGUUUUUACUUAUAAAUUCUGCAAAAUACUAAAAUGAUAUAUGUUAAAGUAUAUUUUCUUAAACACAACAUGUAGAUAUAAAUGAUCUUAAGCAUAUUUCUUUUCUAUAAUAUAAAUAAAUAAAAUUUAAAAAUAUAGUAUAUGCAAAAUAUAUAAAUUAAAGAAAAAAACUUAUUUUGAAAGAUGUUCUCUAUUUUAUUAUUUCAUAUUGUUAUUUUAUUGUACCUAACUCGAUAAUAUAUAAGUAAGUAAUAAAAAAUAAUAAAAAAGUAAAAAUGUAUUAAAAAGUUACUAUAUAUUAUAGAGUUACACAACAUAUAACACUAAAAUAGAAAUUAUAUAUUUAAAACAUUUGUAAUAAUAUCAAAUACAUUUAUAAAAUGGAAAAAUAUAUGUACGAACGUAUGAGUUAAAAUCUAGUUCUUUUUAAAACACGCACAAAUGAAUAAUUGAAAAUGCAUGCAUGUCAAUCAUAUUGACUUCUCUCACCCCCAUAGCUUUUGAGACAAACUGAAAUAUUAUAAAUUAAAUUUCCUUUAUAUAAUUCAAUAAUAAUAAUAAUAAUAAUUGAUAGCUGAGUCCAAAUCCAAGUCUCUUAUUAAAAGGCCACAAAUCCAACUACUCCUCCAUAAACUCAAAAGCUCCAUCUUAAAAAGCAAGUAAGAGAUAAUAACACACUAACGAGAGAAAAUGGGAAGAGCUCCAUGCUGCGACAAGACAAAAGUGAAGAGAGGGCCUUGGUCUCCUGAGGAAGAUGCUAAGCUCAGAGAUUACAUUGAGAAGUAUGGUAAUGGUGGAAAUUGGAUCUCUCUUCCUCUCAAAGCUGGUUUGAGGAGAUGUGGGAAGAGUUGUAGAUUGAGGUGGCUAAACUAUUUAAGACCAAACAUAAAACAUGGCGACUUCUCUGAAGAAGAAGACAGGAUCAUUUUCAGCCUCUUUGCUGCCAUCGGAAGCAGAUGGUCAAUAAUAGCAGCUCAUCUACAGGGAAGAACAGACAACGACAUCAAAAACUAUUGGAACACAAAGCUAAGGAAGAAAAUCAUGUCUUCUUCUUCUUCCUCCUCUUCCUCUCACUCAUCAGCAGCCAUGGCUACUCCUUUUCUAAACCCUAAUUCUCAUGAUGUGAAAAGACCAAUAACCCCAUCAGCAACUAUUGCACCUUUUUCCUACAAUCCGUAUGUUGAAAACUCAACAAGAUCUCUCAUCUCCAACAUCAAUGGCUUUGAAGCUGAUGAUCAACAGAUCUUCCCCUUUUUUAACCCUAGUUAUCCUCACGAGUUCUCUCUCGAGGACAUGAGCAGCAGCAACAACAACAACAACAUUUCGGGCACAAGUGGUUUCUUGCUCAACCACAGUAUGUGUGAUCACUACAGCAACCACAACAAUUUCUCCUCAGAGGUCAAUGGAAAGCGAUCAGAGAUUAUGAUGGAGCAAGAAGAGAUGAUGAUGAUAGACCACCACAUUGACCAGAUGACAGAAGGGUACAAUGGAGAUUUCACACAAGGGUAUUACAAUAACGACAUUAAUGGACAUGGGGAUUUGAAGCGAAUGAUUAGUGGAACUGGCACUAAUUCGAACAUAAACAUGGGUGGUUCAGGUUCAGGUUCAGGUUCCGGCACAGCUUCAUCUUCUAGUUUCAUAAGCAACCUAGCUGAGAACAAAACCAGUAGUAGCCUCCUACAACACACGUGCUUGCCCUAUUUCUACUCCUAGUUCUUCUAGACUCUCUUGUUUUCUUAUAUAAAUAUAUAUUGGACUGACUGUUAGUAAAAUCAAAGAUUUGAUGGGGUAUGCGAGGAGAGAGAAUGAGAGAGACACGAUGAUCAGUUUUAUGGGAUGUGUGUUUUUUUUCA